AGAGAGAGAGAGGAGAUACAUCGUAGUGCCCGCAGUAGGCAUGCCACGGUUUUACAAGGACAGCGUGCUAGCGCGGACUGUUUGCCAGUCACGGCAACAAACGACGGUGUUUGAGGGUGCACCGGUGGUAUCCGGGUCCGCAGCGGUGCUUCUUGGGGACGUUGAUAACGACCCGCAAGCAGAGAGAGAGCUCGCCGUUGGCGGGGUCGAUGGCACGCUGGCUGUGUUCAAGGUGGGACAUCCCACACCGGGGCCUUACUUCAUGGCGUCAGGGCUUGGCACCUUGUCCGCGCUAGGGUUAGGAAAAUUGUUCUUGGGGUAUGGCGACGACCAGCAGCUGAUCGCUUGCACGGAGGAAGGCGUCUGCCACAUUUUCAACAUCAGGCCGGCCGACCUAAAAUGGGAUCCAGAAUCUGAUACCGGGCGCGUUAACCCCGUGUGGUCGGUCCCUUGCCCGAAGAAUGUCACUUCGUGCUGCAUAGCGGACAUUGAUGGAGACAAAAUGCAGGAAGUGGUGAUGGGGACCCGGGAAGGCGGCGUGCAUGUCCUCAAGAUUGAUUUUAACCAAGAACAACACAAGGGCAAGGAUGAAGGAGUCAAAACGACCGAAAAAUCGGGUUGGGCAGGUGGGGUGUCGACUGGGGACACCCCCCGGAGUGACGUGUUUUGUUCGUCUCCGGCUGCGCAGUCACGGCACUCGACCCCGACAGCUGAUGAGCCCGGACUCGAAAGGCUGGCUCAAGAUGGAGACGAGUCUGAUGCCACACCAAAUCCCGUCCGAGGACCAAGCACGGGCCCAUCGAAGUCGGCCUAUUGGGAGGACCGAAAAAGCAUGGAGACGCCGGACAGUACCAACGCUCCAGGCGUUGUUGCUGCUGAUACCCAACCGUUCUCUUUGAGCCCGCACUUGAAGCCCCUGCUGGAGCUGAAAGCCCAGGACGCCGUGACGAGCCUCUCCAUCGUUUUCGUCCCGGAGAUCUCUAGUAUGCCCUCCACGAGCAUAACGUCUCGCAGCGGAGAAGGAGUUGCGCCACCAGCAACAGCUCAGGCUGAUGGAAACUCUGACAACGUUGACGGGAGUGGCCGUGGCCUCACCACAUGCCCGCCUCAUGAAGAUCGACCUCAAGGCGGCAGCGGGAGUAUGCCGGCUUUGGCGUCGAGAACCGACGUGAUGGAACAGGGUGCUUCGGCAGCCGGCGUGUAUGUUGCGGUAGGCCUCGAUACAGGAGUGGUGGAGGUCAUGCGGCUCAGCAGCCAACGUGUGGGUACCCGGAUACUCGACCUCGUCAUAGCCUCCGAACGAUCGGACCGUCUUUCAUCGAUCUCCGACGCUGCGGCGGCAGCGGACUCGCAUCCCGCGGCAGAUGGUUCUGCUGCUGGUGACACAUUAGGUGGCGGCCUUUCUCGUCUCUCUAGCGACGACCGAGACGCGCACGUGUGUUUGCGCAGCGAAACGUCGGCGUCACAACCGGCGGCAGAAGGAGGACCGGCGGCAAAGCUGAGCGGCGAAAGCAACACAAUGUCUCGCCUUCGUCUUGACCGGGACGAAGUAGGAAACCAGGAAAAACGGGUCCUGCCGGGAGCAGCAGCUGCUGCAGUAGCAACAGCAACAGCCGCGGGGCUCGUGGCAUCGGUCUUGUGUGGUUGGCACGUCCCAGCGGAUUCCCCGAGUGCCGACUCAUGGGCCGGGCGUGGACUGGUCGUAGGUUUUUCGGACACCGAGGCAGGAACGUCUCCCUUCGCCGAGACGCCUAGAACUCCUCUGGGUCACACAUCAGGGAAUGUGCCGACUCGGGGCUGGGGUAGCAAGACAAUCGAGGGCGUUGGCGCAGGAGCCAGUAGCAGUCAGACGGGCAGCGGUGACGGCCGGCAGGAAGCAUUGCAUUCGUUCCAGAGGCUUGACUUCGAACAUGAAGAGGGAGGGACAGAGAGCCUAUUUGUUGUGUGCUCGUGGAGUGGAAACACACUCAUGUUCGAUGCUGAAGGUAUGCCAUGUGCAGGGUUCGACGCAGAAGCGCACCUGCCGGGCCCCUUGACUGCGUUCGUGGCCGGCGACCUCACGACACCAUCGGGGUCGACAGGGCCUUCCUUGGUCUACCUUGGCGCAGAGGGGAAGGUGGUGGCAUACCACGGCUUGCCAGAGCAGAUAGAAUCGGCGACUCCGGCGCAGUUCAUCCCCAUCCUCGUCAAGGACGGCUCGAUGGAUAAGCUGAAAGAUCUCUUGACGAGCCUAGCCAACCGCCUUCAAUGGCGCUCGAGCGAGCAAGCCCUGCCCCUGUUCCCAUCCUCCACCCCUCCACCCGACGCGCAACCUGCUGAUGAGAGCGAAUGUGUCCAACUCGAGGAUGGAACCGGCUCAAGUGGGCCCGCUGAGGUAGCUACUGCCGCCGCCGCCGCCAACAUAUUUUCGGACGACGAGCCGGACGCAGCCCUGUCCCUGUCGGAUGCCAUCUUGACGCGGGCGGUUUUAUGCUCGUCGGGACUCGUUGUCGCGCUAGGGAGCACUGCGAGAAGGAACGAGCGCCGGAAAAGCACUGCAGAUUGUGGCGCCUGUAGUUUCGACGAUGCUCGAUGGCGACGCGAAAUGCGCGCGCUUGCGGAGGGAGAGGGAAGCACGAUUACCGUCGGCGAGGGAGCGGCGGCGAUAGACAGGGUAUUGAAAGAGAUGCAGGCUUGGCAAACCAGGGGAAGAGGAUCUGAACGCCCCGUUCGUCCCCUGUCCCCUCUACUCCCCGCAGAACCGACCCUCACACAUUUUCCGUGCUUACGGGGAACACUGGAGGCUCUGUCAUGUUGGGGGUCGGGCCCCCGGCGAGAUUCCCUUCGAAGCGCUUUGAAGGAGUCUAAAGCUACGGCGGAGGUGUUUGCGUCACCGGGUUGAAGCUUGUCCGAGCGGAAAGCCCCUGCAACCCUUUGAAAAAAUUCUCGUUGGUUGUCGCGCAAAACUCAAUCACGGCUGAAGGGCUGGCCAGCAGACAUAAUGUGUUGAUCGGCAAAGUCUACGUGAUGGCUCACCACUGGCUUCGAUGCGAAUCGACUAGCUCAGCACAUGAUAAUUUGUUUUCGGUGGUACCUCAUGACUCGUGUCUUGUGGAAGCGUCCCGCUGCAUCGAGAUAGGCAGCAUUUUGCCGUCUUGUGCUCUGUUUCGGCGGGUGUAGUGAAGUGUUUUUGAGACAUGAUUGGUGACACCUAGUAGCGACUCCCUUGCACGGCGCAGUUCGUUGUCUGUCUGGCGGAAAGGGUUUCCCACGACGCUCGGUCCCAGGGUCCCAAAUUGUGGCCU